AUGGGCAGGAGGGUGGCUGAUCCAACCAAUCCAGUGCCUGCGCUGGGGGUUCCCCUGGCAGGGGGGCGAUGGGGGCCGCUGUGCAGUGUCGGGGUGCAAACAUCUCCCGGACUGCGGACUAUCCCCUCCAUCAAACGACACGGCAGCCAACCAACCAACACACAUCGGCCACUCACCAUGGCAACAGACAAAACAACGACAGUGGAGAAAGGGGGACUUAUCAGAAGUGACAGCAACAGUCUGCCAGUGUCCAAGGAGAGAUCUCAGAACGAGAUCAACAGCCUGACACAGGACGACAUGGGGUCACAGGGGUCAGGCAGCGGAGUUUACUGCCAGAUCAAAACUAUGAACCCCAAAGACACAAGAGAUAAAAGGACAGCUCGGUAUACAAAUGGCAGUGUGGUGGCCUCUGAUGCGGUGGGAGGGGUUUGCACUGAGGCCACAGAAGGCAAGGAGCUGGCCAGAGAGAGAAGGAGGGUGCAGUCUCUGCGAGGGGAGGGCCAUCGCUCGGUAUUAAAGACCGGGAGUGUUUGUACGACCGUGCACGCCACCCCACCGCGACCCUGUCGAGUGAUGCCGACUUCCCCACCCAGUCUGUGUGUGACAUGUGGGAGGAGACGAUCACAGAUUACACCAUGCACAGGCGCAUGUCGCAGGAAGGCUGUCAAUCAAAUAACCGCCAGCCAGACUUUACCUAAUCCACCACGGAAACCCAACCAGUCAAGAAAAGAAUCUGCUCUGGACUCUCAGCAUUGCACCAAAAAUACAGACACGGCAAACACCUACACACGCGCAUCAGUAAAGACUUCGCAAAUACCACAGCUGUCACACACUAUACCAAAAACACACAGCUCCCAUUCAAACCACACGUCACACACCCAGAACAAAACAACAGAGUCAAAGCAGCAGACAAGGCCACAUUCUGCAGACUUCACGUAUUACAAGGACUCAGCCACGCAAACAACAGACACACACAACAUCGCCGACAGGAGCACAGCUACCACGCACACACAGCAACCACACACCCCAUCCGCAGAAGCAACGGAGCCACAUUUGACUGACAAACACAAGUAUGACUUGGCUAAUAUCAAGCACACUAACGAACACACACACCAAUACACAUCAGUCCCUAUCACUUCUGAACAUCCAGCUCCUUCCCUUCACAGUGACUUAAAAUCUACAGACAGCCCACCUCUCCCACCAAAAAACUCUCCGAAACCCACUCGUUCCAAACCGGCCACACCUGUAGCGCAAACCAAAAACACUCAGGAGACCCCAAACACACCGAAACAAACAUCCUUAGAACGGAUCAAACUCAAGGACUACGGAAAACAGAAGAGCAAAUCAUUUGACGACCACACUCUGCCUUGCAAGACUCAUAUAAAAGCACAAUGUAAUGGGGCUCCAGGGGGGCUGUUGGUUGGACCCCCAGGGAGCGCACCACGCGGGCUGGAGAGGAAGUUGCAGAGCGUGGAAGAGAACCUCCAAUCCAAUCAGGAGAAGAUUAAAGUGCUUCUCAACGUCAUUCAAGACCUGGAGAAGAGCAAGGCCCUCAGCGAAGGUCGCAGCUCAUACAGAACUGGUCAAGACAUUAACAACUGCCCAACCUGCCAAAAGACAGCCUGCAUCAUCUACAGCGUAGAACAUGAUUUCCGACAGCAGGAGGGACGUUUCCAGGGGGUUAUGGAGGCCUUGGAGGGGGAGUAUGAUGUGCCUCCACCCACUCUGACCAAGCCCACUCCAGCCCCUUCCUCCUCCAGUCGGCCCAGCGCCAAGGCCCGUGUCAAGAAACUCCGCAAGAAGUGUUUCUGGUGGCUGUAA